AUGUCGAGGCCUAAUGCUGAUGAACGGAUUUUGGUGGAUACAAGUGACGAGGAUUCCAUAUAUGACACCCAUUCCUUAGUCGACUCCAGCCUUUCCUUUUCCUCUUCCGUCCGGGAUUACUGCUACGAAAAUGGCCGUCGCUACCACGCCUACCGUUACGGCCAAUACCCCAUGCCCAACGAUGAAGAAGAACAAGACCGCCUCGCCUUCAUGCACCACAUCUUCAAACUCCUCAUAGGCGGCGACCUCUACCGCGCCCCAAUCACCAGUGCCCCAGCGUCCCGGCCCAAACGCAUCCUCGACAUCGGCACCGGGACCGGGGUCUGGGCGCUCGAAAUGGCGGAGGAUUUCCCCAAUGCGGAGAUCGUGGGCACCGAUCUCAGUCCCAUUCAACCCAACUACGCUCCGCCCAACUGCUCGUUUAUCAUCGAUGAUGCUGAGAGUGACUGGGCGUUUACUAGCGAUGAGGCCUUUGAUUAUAUCCACGCGCGCAGUAUGGGCGGUGGUAUCGCCGACUGGAGGCAGUUUAUGAAUCAGGCGUACGCCCAUCUUAAGCCGGGAGGUUGGCUUGAGCUUCAGGAGUACGAGGCUUGGGUCAAUUCCGAUGACGGGACGCAUGAGGAUGCAGUCAUGGUUCAGGAUUGGCAGGAAAAAUUGGAUCAAUCGAGCAAGAAGUUUGGGAAGCAGUUAAAUGUUGCUCCUUGUCUGAGUGGGUGGAUGCGGGAGGCUGGCUUUGUCAAUGUCACUGAUGAUGUUUACAAGUGCCCUGUCGGUUCCUGGCCCAAGAACCCCCGGUUGAAAGAAAUUGGCCGUGUUGGCAAAGUGUCCAUCAUCGAAGCUGUCGAGCCAUAUACCCUGGCUCUGUUUACACGGGUGUUGGGCUAUUCGUAUGAAGAAGCCCAGGCGUAUGCUGAAAAAGUGCGCGCUGAACUCUUCAGACCCUCUUUCCAUAUCUACGUGCUGUACCAUUAUGUGUAUGCACAGCGGCCUAUGGACGGAUGA